UUUAGUUCAUGACAAUCGGUUAGUUACGAUAAUGACGUCGAUACAACUGCACAGUUAAAAUGUUAUUCACGUUAUUAUUUACAAACAUUAUGCUAACCGGCGCCGAAAGGAACGUCGAUAAUAAGCCGUAUCUUGUGUUGCCAGUACCUCUCCAAUUGCCCUUCCGUAACGAGCGCUCCGAGCAAUGCUGGCUCCGGAUAGAGGACGUAGAGCUCAUAGAAACAGUGGCCAUCUACUGCUAUAUAGCACAAUCCUUCCUAAGGAACCAUAUACAUGACUAUAACACUAGGAAAAUGAGUGAAGACGAUGUCGAUGUCAGUUUAUGGAGCGAAGAACCAAGGCCGCAAGAAGAUAUUGCCCCGAAAGUGAACAACCAAAAGGAAAGCGUGAUAGAUUGGAAAAUAACCACUGUUUUGGAUCCCAUUACGCGUAUGCGGUUGUAUGUAAGUCGAGAUGCGUAUUGCAGGCUCAUAAUGUACAGUAGAGAAGCAGAGACGAAUUAUAAAGUGGAUUGUGAUAAAAUACUUUACUUCAUCAAUAGCCGUAUGACGAAUAGUGCAGCCUUACGUAACGUUACAAAAUUGCCUGUAAUCAUGUUAAUUGCUAUCAUGUUCCUUGUUUAAUAGAAAAAUUGUCAUUGUAAGUAUUAUUUAUUUAUUAACAAAAGUGAGAAUCUAUAAGUUUAUUUUGUAAGUUUGCGCAAUAAACCAAUUUCAUACAUGAA